AUGUCAGCUCCAUUAAUAAACCGUUCGUUGACUACAAUAAGAACCGAAUUGGAAUUUUUGCAUGAUUCGGAGGUGAUUACUGAACAACUCUAUAAUGCCCUCAUCGGAUCGCUCCCACCUAAAUACCAAAAGGAUAUGAAAGCAUGGGAUGUGGAAAAAUUAAAGACUGAAGACAGCAACAAUAAGGACUCCAAAGCACCUACAGGGACGGAUUCAAUUACAGAUGGCUUAGCUAGCACCAGUAUAAAUCCUCCUGUUAAGCCUGAGCGCUUACAAACGACCAAAGCAUUGGGAUAUUGUAAAGCAAUUUACGAUUAUCAAGCACAAGAAGGGGAAGAUUUGGAAUUGAAAAAAGGAGAUAGUAUUGCCGUUCUUGAGCAUUUGUCAGAAGACUGGUGGAAAGGUUACAAGAAGGGAACAUCAGCAAAAGAAGCUGGAGUGUUCCCAUCAAAUUACGUUAGUGUUAUUUCUGAACAGGAAUUCGAUUUUGCAUCCUCUCCAUCCCAACGUAUUGCCCCUUCUCCAUUUAAGAAUGAAAAAGCAUCGUAUAAUCCAAAUGCCGAGUCUGGAGCCCCACCUCCACCUCAAUACGAUCAAGCACCGGUAGCCCCGUUGACUCAACAACCAUCAUACGGUGGUUAUGCCCAAUAUCCUCCACAGCCAACUAAUUAUUAUCCUCCCCAACAAUACUCACCUCAACCACAAACUUAUCAACCUCAAGGACAACCAGUUCAGGUGGCUAACCCUAGUGAAGGCCAGGGACAACAUAACCACUUAAGAAAGUUUGGGGGCAAGUUGGGUAAUGCUGCUAUAUUUGGUGCUGGUGCCACAAUUGGUAGUGAUAUAGUUAAUUCGAUCUUUUAA